AACACACGAAUUAUCGAGAUAUAUUUUUCAUAUCCAUUAUCCACUGCUGCCGGCAAUUUCCUCUGCAGCUGGAGUUCGUAGUCUUCUUGCACAGCAGUCCUUAGCUUAUCCACUGCUUGCGGAGCUUUCCUCGUCGUGCCAUGCCUCGACGAAUCUAAACUAAAAGUUCUUCAUCAAUCUUAGCGGUGACAUUCGCUUUUCGAUAUCUCAAGCUUCCCAAGUGAAUAUAUUGAUGGCGGAGGAGGACAUCAACGCCGCGAGAAGGAGGCUGGCCGCUGUGGCCAACCAUCUCAUGGUUCCGGCUCACCCUGCGGUACCCAAUCGCAGCUCCAUCGUCUCGUGCGCCAACGCUGCGUCCGCGAACGACAGCUACCGCAGGGUUCACGGCGAAGUUCCCGAUCACGAGGCCGUGUGGAGAGUCGUUGCGCGCGGUGAUGAAUCUGGCGAGGAGUUCACCGAUAUCGUUUACGAGAAAGCGGUCGGAGAAGGCAUCGCCAAGAUUACAAUUAACAGACCAGAGAGAAGAAAUGCUUUCCGGCCGCAGACAAUCAAGGAGCUCAGUUGGGCAUUUAAUGAUGCCAGGGAUGAUAGUUCAGUUGGAGUCAUCAUUCUUACCGGGAAGGGAACAAAGGCAUUCUGUAGUGGUGGUGAUCAAGCAUUAAGGAGGGGGGACGGCUAUGCUGAUAAUGAGAAUUUUGGUCGUCUUAAUGUUUUAGAUCUGCAGGUGCAGAUUCGGCGACUUCCAAAGCCUGUAAUAGCAAUGGUUGCUGGUUAUGCUGUUGGAGGGGGGCAUGUAUUGCACAUGGUCUGUGAUCUAACGAUUGCUGCAGACAAUGCGAUUUUUGGUCAGACUGGCCCAAAGGUGGGAAGCUUUGAUGCUGGAUAUGGAAGCUCCGUCAUGUCCCGUUUGAUUGGGCCUAAGAAAGCACGCGAAAUGUGGUUUCUGACUAGGUUUUACACUGCUUCUGAGGCAGAGAAAAUGGGACUUGUCAAUGUUGUUGUGCCACUGGAGAAUUUGGAAAAAGAAACGGUGAAAUGGUGUCGAGAAAUCUUGAGAAACAGCCCAACUGCAAUUCGAGUGCUCAAAUCAGCUCUUAAUGCAGUUGAUGAUGGCCAUGCUGGUCUUCAGGUACCUCCAAUUCUAUCCAUCCUGUUAAAAUGGGGACUGCAAACUAUAGAACAGAAUGGCUGCACAGCCAUGGCACCGAUGGAUGCCCUACUCCAGUGCUCAUCUCCUGCAGAUGCCGCAAUUUUGUUUUUCUUGUCUCCGUCAAAUGAGAUUAUGUUUUGUGCUACUUUCCAUUCGCAGGAACUUGCAGGAAAUGCCACACUGAUAUUUUAUGGCACUGAAGAAGGAAACGAAGGGAAGUCAGCGUAUUUGCAACGUAGACCCCCAGAUUUCUCAAAAUUUCCCCGACGACCUUAAUAUCAAAGUUAACUUCUUGUUGAUGCUUACUGCUCUCUCUCUCUCUCUCGCGGCAAGUUUGGUUCGAUCCCCGUCCUCUGCAAUUUCCUUCUGGUUUUUGAAGGGAUGGGGUGCUUUAAAAAAAAAAAAAACAAUCUAUUUGAUUUUGGUUUGUCCCCACCUUUGCCAAAUUUGAAGAUGAUAAUUUCCUGUAUUUGCAUGAGAAAUUUUUCCUUUCCAUAAAAAAAUGAAUUAGCUAACUCCUCUUAUUAUUCAAAAAUAUAAGCUUUAAUAAAAUAUUCAUAAUGAGAUUCUUGGUGUA